AUGGCCUCCCCAAGCCAAACUCAAGGGUCUGGGCCAGCAACCCAACCCCUCACCCCACCGGCAGAGUCCUCCUCAGCCCCAAACGGCGUCCCAGCAUCAACCGCACCCGCACCGGCAACAGCCCCAACAACCUCAACCGCACCACCCCCACACAUCCCGGGAACCUCGAUCCAAGACAGUGGCAAAUCACGACGCCCGCGCGACGUACGGCUCGUGCACAUGCUCCUCGCCUCGCUCGGCGUCACAAGCUACCAAGACCGCGUGCCGCUGCAACUCCUCGACUUCGCCUACCGGUACACGUCGAACGUGCUGCAGGACUCGGUGCAUCUGGCGACGGAAGGCUAUGCGAACGCAGUGGACAACACGGGGGCGACAGGCAAGAAUGCUGCGGGCGAGGUGAACAAUGUCUCGCUGGGCGCGCUGCGGCUCAGCAUUGCGUCGCGGCUGCACUACCAGUUCCAGGCGGGGCUGCCGAAGGAGUUCCUGAUGGAUGUUGCGUCGGAGCGUAAUCGGAUUGCGCUGCCGGGUGUGUCCAGGGGCUUCGAUCAGGGGAAUAACCAGGCGCAGGGGGCGGCGAAUCAGAGUGUUAUGAUGGCGGGGAUGCGGUUGCCGCCUGAGCGGUUCUGUCUUACGGGAACUGGGUGGAACAUGAAGGAUGAGUGGGAGAGCGAAGGGGAGGAGGAUCUGCCGGAUGCGACGGAGCCCGAGGGGGGAGAAGCGGGCGAAUGA